UCUGUAUUAGUGUAGUAUAUACACUAUACCAAAUCCAGAGUCCAGGGUUCACAUUAAAGGAUUUGAGACCUACUCUGGAUUCUAGCCAUAGCUCGGACCUUGACAACAUAUUCAAUUUAGUGACAGAUUUUAUCGUUAAUGUGCUAGAGGCGCCCACAGAAUCACUCGACUUUCUAAGCCAAAGCAAGGGAAGGCGCACACCAGCAGAAAGACAUUUGUAUACUAUAUAUACACAAAUCCACAGACUUAGUCACAGAUCCAAUCACAACGUCAUGUUGAGCGGGUCAAAGGUUGUCUUGCCCGGGCUACCGAUACUGCGCUCACAGUCACGGGUGGGAUGUAGAACCACAAACGUGGUCUUAAAAGUAAAGGCCUCUACCGCGAUGAGAAGUAUUUGCACUGCUGUAUGCAUGUCCAGAAUUGAAAGAUAUACGUCCAGGAAUUGUAUCACUACUAGACCAAUGCGAACACAUAGUUAUGACAGUAAAACAUAUUUACAGUCACAGUGGUCGAAUAUACAGCGGUGUUCUGGAUGUGCAUACUCGGUUGCAGCACGUCCGGCUAUGAAAGUGUAUCGCUCAACCAGCAUAGACCCGUAUGCAAAUCUAGCCUUAGAGGACUGGAUGUAUACACAGUGGGGCAGACCCAAUAGCACAGCACGUGAUGUCCUUGGUGUAGACGACAUGCAAUCGGAUAGUUGCGUUCUCCUGUUUUGGGUCGAUGAGCCUUCGGUUGUGAUCGGCCGAAACCAAAACCCCUGGACCGAAUGUGACGUCAGCGGAAUGCACAGAGACCACGUCCACUUUGUGCGCCGAAAGAGCGGUGGGGGCACAGUAUACCACGAUAGUGGCAAUCUGAAUAUAUCACUCGUGACAGGACGUGACGCCUACACUAAACACAGGCUAACUCGAGUCAUCGCCACAGCGCUCAACCGGGAUUUUAAACUGGGCGUGUAUGUGAACGACCGCAAUGACCUGGCCAUUAAUGGCAAGAAGGUGUCCGGCUCCGCGUAUAAAUUGGGCGGGAGAUGCGCCUAUCACCAUUGCACCCUUCUCACCACCACAGACAUCAAGAGUGUGGGCAAGUACUUGCAUUCUGAUAGAGAAGGCAUCGUAGAUAGUAGAGGGGUGUCGAGUGUGCGAUCACCUGUGUCGGCGUUGUGUGACCAUAUGCCUGGAGAUGGGAGUCUGACCAUCGACGCUGUCAUAGACAGUAUAACUCGCGAAUUGGGCCAACACGUGCUCGAGGGUGGCCUCAGUGGGAAUGAGGUAAAUAGCUAUAACUCUGAGGGAGAACGCGGUAAUGUAAACUCAAAUGAUGUUGGAAGUACGACAGUACACCAAUCUGUUUCAAGUACUACUCACCAGCCCGAAGAAAUAAAUCCUGAGACGGACAUGGCUGUAGGUGAGUGGUGCAAGCAGUAUCGUGAUACGCUGGUUGGCUGGGACUGGCAGUAUGGCCAAACACCACAAUUCACUCAACAAGUACGCCGCGUAUUUCCAUGGGGAACUGCUGCGCUGACACUGUCUUGUAAACGAGGUGUCGUAGAGAGUGUCACCACAGAGUUCGGCGAACUUCAGGAUAGUAGCACACUGUCCGCUACGGUUGGGAAUGUCAAAGCAAAGCAUGAGGCUAUAUCUCAGGAGAUACGAAACGUGUGUGUGAAUACCAGGUAUGCCGUACAAAGCGAUAUGCUUGUGGCCAGACGUUCCUGGCUGGCAUCCGCGGGUGCAACAGACCUCAGUCAAACAGAGCAGACACGUGUGGCGGAUCUACUGGAUUGUUUAGUAGACAUCUACACGAUUUAGCGUAUCUUCCACAAGAUUUAGGUAAAACUAUGACACAGUACUG